CCAAAUACUGUAGUUGACAGAGUAAGUUCACUCAGAGAGAAGGAUCCUGUACUGUUCCAUAGAGAAAGGAGAGAGUGUGUUUGAGAGAGCCAGUGAGUUUCUUGGGAGUGCUUUGACUCUCUUUCUGUCCCAGGAGAGAAGGAGGGAGAUGAGUUGUCCUGCUGAGGCUCUGAAGGGCUGACUGUUCCCCACCUCAUCUCAUCUCUGUGCCUGACUGUGUGACCUGACCCUCCAGUCCUCCUCAACAGCACACCUAAUCAGAUUCUGCAGCUCUCUCUCCGAAGCUGCCAGCACCAUGAGCUCGUCUGGGGCAAACCUCCACAACAAGCGUCUACCCUCGGAGACAGAGAAUGCUCAAAGAGUCCCAGAAUUGGACUCAGCCCAGCAGCUGAAACUGAGAGAGAGACAGCGCUUCUUUGAAGAGGUAUUUCAGCACGAUGUGGACGUCUACCUGUCCUCUGCCCAUCUGCAUAUUCAUGACUAUAAGAGACGUGAGUGCAAUCGGCAUCACACAUCUCCCAUUGGCAGCGUCUCAUCCAUGGAGGUGAAUGUGGACAUGCUGGAGCAGAUGGACCUUAUGGACAUCUCUGACCAGGAGGUCCUGGAUGUCUUCCUCAACUCUGGGGGGGAUGAGGGGGUACUGGCCUCCCCUCUGCCAGUAGUUCAUGGCAACAACAACAACAAUGAGGUCAUCAGCCAGGGACGCUCUCCCCACAACACAGGUGGUUGUGUGGGGAAGUCCCGCAUGUCCUCCACCUCCUCCACUUCCUCCACCAACAGCCAGAACACCAAUGAGGAUGGAAGGGAAACCCCUGUAGUCCAAUCAGAUGAUGAGGAUGUGAAUGUCGGCACACUCUUACUGAUGGGAUCAACCCCAGGGAAAGAUGAGAAGGAUCGGCCCAUCUUCUCUUCAUAGAGGCCUUGCUUCACUUCCAAUAUUCACUAACAUUUUGGACAUACUGGUCCUGACAAUUAUCACUGAAACGGGACAUUCACACACAGAGGUGUUCCAUGGACUGGCAACUAUCACUAUCACAACAUUUUCUUUACCCUUCAUUUAGUUUUGUCUGAACUGUAAAUAUAAGGCCAAAUCUUCUCAAAGCUUGCUGAACUCCAUACAUAAUUCUGGCAUAUAGUUAACAAGAUAUUUCUUUUUAUUUCCUCAUUUGAGAUUCUAGUAGGGUCUGGCGACGUGUGAUACGGACAUUUGAGGAAGUACAUUCCUGUGUGUUCUCUACAGCCAGGAUAUGUACAUAAUAGAGUUGUGAAAUAUGCAAACAUGUAAGCAUGCUUUACUGUACUAUAGACAGGGAUUUACAAUUGUGCAAUUACACACAAAAACAUUCUGUAGAGAGUAACUGCAAUGCUGAGUAAAUCUGGCCCUUAGUUCCCGUAUUCCUCAAAAUGUUGAACCAAUCCCAAAACACCUGCCACAAAUAAAAACUAAGGAUGUACUCUAAAUAUUGCAUAGUGUUGCUUUCAUUUUGAUAUAUACAGUGCAUUCGGAAUUCAGAUCCCCUUCCCUUUUUCCACAUUUUGUAAUGUUACCGCCUUAUCCUAAAAUGUAUUAAAUAAUUUAAAAAAUCAUCAAUCUACACACGAUAACCUAUAAUGAGAAAGUGAAAAACAUUGUUUAGACAUUUUUGCAAAUGUAUGAAAAAAAUAAACAUAAAUAACUUAUUUGCAUAAGCAUUCAGACCAUUUGCUAUGAGACUCUAAAUUGAACUCAGGUGCAUCCUGUUUCCAUUGAUCAUCCUUGAGAUGUUUCCACAACUUGAUUGGAGUCCACCUGUGGUAAAUUCAAUUGACUCAACAUUAUUUGGUAAUUCACACACUUGUCUAUAUAAGGCCACACAGUUGACAGUGCAUGUCAGAGCAAAAACCAAACCAUGAGGUCUAAGGAAUUGUCCGUAGAGCUCAGAGAUAGGAUUGUGUCGAGGCACAGAUAUGGGGAAGGGCACCGAAACAUUUCUGCAGCAUUGAAGGUCCUCAAGAACACAGUUGACUCCAUCAUUCCUAAAUGGAAAAGUUUGGAACCACCAAGACUGGCUGGGCGGCAAGCUCUAGGAACAAUCUGAGCAAUCGGGGGUGAAGGGCCUUGGUCAGGAAGGUUUCCAAGAACCCGAUGGUCACUCUAACAGAGCUCCAGAGUUCCUCUGUGGAGAUGAGAGAACCUUUCAGAAGGACAACCAUCUUUGCAGCACUUCACCAAUCAGGCCUUUAAGGUAGAGACGGAUGCCUUUCCUCAGUAAAAGACACAUGAGACCCUACUUGUAGUUUGCCUAAAGGCACCUAAAGGACUCUCAGACCAUGAGAAACAAGAUUCUCUGGUCUGAUGAAACCAAGAUUGAACUCAUUGGCUUAAGUGCCAAGCGUUAACGUCUGGAGGAAACCUGCCACCAUCCCUACGGUGAAGCAUGGUGGUGGCAGCAUGUUGUGGGGAUGUUUUUCAGCGGCAGGGACUGGGAGACUAGUCAGGAUUGAGGGAAAGAUGAAUGGUGCAAAGUACAGAGAUUCUUGAUGAAAACCUGCUCCAGAGCACUCAGGACCUCAGAUGGGGGAAAGGUUCACCUUCUAACAGGACAACAACCCUAAGCACACAGCCAAGACAACACAGGAGUGGCUUCAGGACAAGUUUCUGAAUGUCCUUGUGUGGACCAGCCAGAGCCUGGACUUGAACCCGAUCAAACAUCCCUGGAGAGACCUGAAAAUAGCUGUGCAGUGACGCUCCCCAUCCAACCUGACAGAUUUUGAGAGGAACAGCAGAGAAGAGUGGGAGAAAAUACUUUGCCAUUAACGAACAAAUACACUGAGUGUGUAAAAUAUUAGGAACACCUUCCUAAUAUUGAGUUGCACCCCCUUUUCCCCUCAGAACAGCCUCAAUUCGUUGGGCAUGGACUCUACAAGGUGUCGAUAAGCAUUCCACAGGGAUGCUGGCCCAUGUUGAUUCCAAUGCUACCUAUAGUUGCGUCAAGUUGGCUGGAUGUCCUUUGGUUGGUGGACCAUUAUUGAUUCACACGGUAAACUGUUGAGCAUGAAAAUCCCAGCAACAUUGCAGUUCUUGACACACUAAAACCAGCGCGCCUGGCACCUACAACCAUACUCCAUUCAAAGGCACUUUUGCCUUGCCCAUUCACACCUUCUGAAUGGCACACACAAUCCAUGUCUCAAUUGUUUCAAGGCUUAAAAAUCCUUCUUUAACCUCUCUCCUCCCCUUCAUCUACACAAGGGAUGGGCAACUUUGAUGGGGUGGGGGCCACAAAAAAACGGAACGCAUCAUGAGGGGCCGCAGUGGCUUGUGGGCCAUGGGGCGGAGAGCAAUUUUUACAACUCAUUUCAUGCAAUUCUACUCAUUUUGCCAUCGGCGCAGAGAAAAUUUUGCAGUUAACAUCAAAAUUCCUGAAGUUCUACAUAUUUUGCCAAGGGUGGAGGCUAAUGUUUGCAGUUUUUAAUAUGAUAACUGAUGAUCAAUGGGCCCUACGCCAGUGGGUAAUUCGACUAUGCUUACUAAAAGUUUAGAUAGGUGGAUUGUAUUUAUCAUCAUUAGUCAUUUAGGUCAACAUUGGAUCAUUCAGAGAUCCUCACUGAACUUCUGGAGAGAGUUUGCUGCACUGAAAGUAAAGGGGCAGAAUAAUUUUGCACGCCCAAUUUUUUUGUUUUUGAUUUGUUAAAAAAGUUUGAAAUAUCCAAUAAAUGUCGUUCCACUUCA